GGGCAACCUGUCUCGCUUUCAUCUAGCCUGCAGCACUCAGCAUGGACAAGAACACCGAUAUCACGAGGGCGGACAACAGCGGGUUGGAUCACGCCGAUCUCUCCCAUCUCACCCACCUCCCCCUCCUCAUCCAAAAAUCAGCGCCCGUCGUCCUUGCACGCAAUGCCCUCCAGCUCCCGCUCGACGACUCGGACGACCCCGCGUCCGUUGCAUACGGCGCUGACACCGACACCGACACCGACACCGCCUCCCCUCGGGGCUCCGCCGCCAUCGCGAACACGCGAGCUCCAUCGACGACUCGUCGGGCUCGGGCGUCUCUUGCGCCACGCGCACACGCAUGGGCAGCGAUCCCGUCCCUCGCGCCCAAGCGUGCUCGAGAGAGCCGCCAGGCGUGCGCCACGAGGACGUAACCAGCGCUCGCGGGCCGCCGGUCGAACGCGAGAUCGCGCGCGCGGCCGGACCGCGACCGCGUCCCCUCUCGAUCCUACGGAACGCGGCGCCGUCCGUGCGCCCGUGCGACGGUCGAGCGUCGAGCGGGGGCUCUGCCCGCCCCGUCUCCCCCGCUCCGGCUCGUGCGCGCGCGACUCGAUCGACGACUCGGGCGUCACCGGUCGCGGCGACCGUGCUUGGGCCUUGUCUGUGUAUGUGCCGCCGACGGCGGACGCGGCGGACGCGGCAGAGGCGAAGCAGGGGGCGGCGGGGCGAGUGCGGGGGCGGGGCGCCUGGGCACGUGCGGACGGGACGCGCAAACUGUAGACAACUGCGUCGUGUGAAAAUUCC